CCCCCGACGCGCCUUUCUUUCUUUGUUUCUUUCUUUAAAGAGAAACCCCUGCGGCAUAAAGGCCAGUCUCCGAUCCCAUUCCCCACUCGGUUACGACUUCCUAUUUCGUGCUGCGGUCUCCAUGAAGGCGAACAGGGCCGGGAGGACGAAGGUUGAACUCCCCUUCUUGCUCCUAUGCUGCUCCCUCUCCUUCAUGGUAGGGUUCUUCGGUUCGGGUCUCUUCCUCCAGGGGUUGCCUGGCGACGGCUGGGCUCGGAGGAGAUCGAUGGAAGAGGCCGGGGCGGACGAGGUCGAGUUGCCGGCCAUGCCCCAUGGGCUCACUGGAGAAAGCAAUCCUGCUUUGAUCGCCUUCCAGGUUUUGAGCUGGAAACCUCGUGCAUUUUAUUUCCCCAAAUUUGCAACUGUCGAUCAAUGUCAAACUAUCAUAAAAACUGCAAAAUCAAGACUUGAGCCAUCAACAGUAGCGCUAAGGAAGGAGGAGACGGUUCCAAUUAAUAAUGGGAUAAGGACAAGUUCUGGGGCAUUCCUUAGUGCAUCAGAAGAUUCAACUGGAACUUUGGAGCAAAUUGAGAAAAAGAUUGCCAGAGUGACCAUGCUUCCAAUAGAAAAUGGAGAGGCCUUUAAUGUCCUUCGGUAUGAGACUGGACAGAGAUAUGCUUCUCAUUAUGAUGCCUUCAGUCCAGAUGUGUAUGGCCCACAGGAGAGCCACAGGGUUGCCACUUUCAUAUUGUACCUGACAGAUGUUGAGGAAGGGGGAGAAACUGUUUUUCCUUUUGAGAAUGGGUCGAAUAUGGAUAUCAAGUACGAUUAUGAAAAAUGUAUUGGUUUGAAGGUCAAGCCACGAAAGGGCGAUGGACUUUUAUUCUAUUCAAUGUUUACAAAUCACACUAUUGAUCCUACAUCACUUCAUGGGAGCUGUCCAGUGAUUAAAGGCCAGAAAUGGGUGGCUACUAAAUGGAUCAGAGAUCAGAUACAAGACUAGCUUGACGAUGACUGCAUCGAUGCACUUAUUCAUUCUUCUUUUUGUGUUUAAGUUGAUUAAAUUGAGACAUACAGAAGACGUGUCAGGAAGAAGAAAAAUAGUGUCUUUUAGUGCGAGUUGUUGAACAGAAAGUUUUGGUGUCCAUUAGGUUGUGGUCCUGAUACUGAAGUGUCAUGUAGCCUCUCCUGAGAAUAUGAAUAGCAUUAUUAAAGAUGAAUCCUCCAUAGGAAAAUGAAAAUUUA